AUGCUCCUGGACAGCCAGAUCUGCCUCGCGGAUUUGCCCCUUUCGAGCUACAUGUCGGUCGGGAGACGACAGGAGACACCGAAUGGCGGAUGCCAAACAUAUGGCGCGUGGUUGAGCAGCUUGACUGUCUUGCAACUCUCGGGUCGUGUCGUGUCUCAGGUGAUGCACACUUUAUGCAUGACCCUGUGUCGUGCUGCAGCUGGCGAGGCGUACAAAGAGACCGACUACAACAACAGGGACAACAAGGGGGUCAACAACAAAAGGCGGUCAACAGCCACUUACACACGGCGACGCACACGGGCCACAGCCGAGCGCCACUGCGCCGCUUUGAGCAAGGUGGCCAGUUUGUUUGUACCGCUUCAACUGGUUCAGUCGCACGUCGGUGCAGCACGAUUCAUGGGCUACAACCAUUCGGCAGCUCCGCGGCAUUGCUCUGUCUUGCCAGCGUGA